GGGCUAAGUGUUUGCCCGAAACUUUGCCGAUUUUGGACCCAGUAUGCACAAUAAAGGUCGUUUUUGUUCAUCACAAGCUGGAGAACAUUCUUUCUUAUUGACCUUGUUUGUCUUGACAUGGCAGAUCAAAUCACAGAGGACAGCUCUGUCACAACCACCUGUCUCCCUAGUGAUGUGGAAACUACGAUUCUUCACCUUUAUCCUGUAGUCCAAUAUAAUUCCGACACAGAAGAGGAGGUGACUCCACUGAGUGGUGGAGCAUUGAAAUACUCCACUACUCUGACCAAUAGACAACGAGGGAACAUGAUCUCUGUUCUUCCAGCAACACUGGACUCUCUGUCUGUACAACAACUUGCGGCCCAGGGGGAGCUAACUCAGCUGAAAGAAUAUCUCCAGAAAGAUAUCACAUUAUUAAACAGGCCGGAUGAAAGAGGUUUUACGCCCUUGAUGUGGGCUGCUGCUUUUGGAGAGAUAGAGACAGUUCACUACCUGCUGGAGAUGGGAGCUGAUCCACAUAUACUGGCUAAGGAGCGAGAAAGUGCAUUAUCACUUGCAAGUACGGGAGGAUACUCCGACAUUGUUACUCUUCUCCUCAACAAGAAAGUGGAUAUAAAUAUAUAUGACUGGAAUGGUGGGACACCGUUACUGUAUGCAGUUCGAGGGAAUCACGUGAAAUGUGUUGAAGCUUUGCUUGAACGGGGUGCUGAUUUAACAUUGGAGGCAGAUUCUGGAUACACCCCAAUGGAUCUUGCUGUGGCUCUGGGUUUUAAAAAAGUUCAACAGGUAAUAGAAAAUCACAUUUUGAAACUGUUUCAAAACAAAGAGUGACAUUUAAAGGAAGAACUAAAGAACAAAAAGAGGUGCAUCGUAGGAGUACUUUUAAUUUCUUUAUGACUGCAACACUGAAGCAGUAGGGAUGCAAGAUUUGUUUAUUUUGAGAUCAUUAAACCCAUAUUUGCAAGAAUGAUUGCAAUAUUUUUUGGAAUUGACAAAUUGUUUCAAUAACUGUCAAAAGAACAAUGCAAAAUGCAAUAUAAAACCCAGUUUGUUAACAUAAAUCCAUUGACUUGAUUAAAUUAACAAGUGCUUAAAGUAACAGUGUAACUUGAAAACUAAUUGUGAUUCCUGCUGCUGUUUAAAUAAUAGAGCUAAAAUCCCUCUAGCUCUUUGGAGGAGGGCACUUUAUAGGGGAAGGCGCUCUUUAAGGGAAGGAUCAGAGGUUGCUUUGUGUCUUGCAGUUUAGGUGUUAAAUACAAGCACAUUAGACGUGGUAGAUCAUCCUUUAUUUUAAAGCAGCAGGACCCACAAUAAUGUUGCUAAACUCAGGAAAAUUUAUAGACUGCAAAUACAAUAAAGUAUAAUUUUAUAUUUUCAGCAUAAUUUUGCAAGUUAUGUUAAAGGAAGAAUCUAGCAUUGAACUCUGAUAACCAGACAGGGCUGCAGUACAUAGCAUUGCAACACCCUCUUUGGCAUCAACAGGGUUAAUAAUUGUGCCUCACAUUAGUAAACAGAAGAGCCCAUUGGCUUAUUCCCUUUUAAACAGGUAUGAAAAUUAUUUUGCAAACAAAAACUAGUAAAUCCUGGUCCUGUUUAUACUAAUUUAGUAUACAUAUUCCAUCAAAAAAGGUAAUUUGCUUUGGCGCUUAUGAGUGAAGCAAUUAUUUCAAAUUUUGAGCAUGUUUAAAAAGUAUAUUUAUGGAUACAAUAUUUUGAAUAAUCCUACACAUUUUUUUAAAUUGUAUAUCACAAUCUCAACGUGUUUAUUGCUAUUUAGCAACCCAUAGUAUUCUAUUUUCAUAUACAGUACCUACCCUUGUAUGUAGAAUCUUAAAUAAACAUUAAACACUUUGAGAUGGUAAUAUAAAAUGAUAAAUUGUCUGUGUAUAUACUUCUCUACAGUAUACUUUCAUUAUUUACUUUGUCCCAUUUUCCAGUAAUUCCAUUCAGAAAUUAUUAGCUUUUCAGUUCCUGUUAGAAAUGGCACACAGCCAUUGGCUGCACACUCUAGUGACCUAUUUAUAACUGUCUCUAAUUGGCCACAGCAAAGAAAGUAACCUAAGUUAAAAAAAUGGCAGCUCCCAAUUGUUUUAAAGACAAUAAAACUUUACACUUAUUUUAUCAAUAUUUAAACGGCGAAAUACAUUUUUAAAAAUAAAUCUACAUGUUAUUUUCAGACUAAUCUUUUCUUUGAAUGCAUCAUUCUAUUAUUAUUAUUUAUUAUCAGGUAUUUGUAGAGCACUAACAGGUUCCACAGCACUAUGAACAUAGGUGGUAUAUAUAAAACAAUUACAGGGAUCAAAUGGCGGGAGAGGGUCCUGCCAAGAGUUGCACUGUUGUAGUCGGCUCUUAUGAAGGUGGACUAAAAACAGCUGGGCUCAUAAGCUUACAUGCUAUGGGGUUUAAGGGGAUAGCAGUGGAGAUAGGAAGGUUUGUGUAGGUUGUAAGCGUCCCUGAAUAGUAGAGUCUUCAGGGAGCACUUGAAGCUUUUAAAUCUAGGGGAGAUUCUUGUGGAGCGAGGCAGAGAGUUCCAUAAGAUGGGAGCCAGUCUGGAGAAAUCUUGUAAACGGGAAUGCGAGGAGGAGAGUAGGAGAUCAUAAGCGGAGCGAAGGGGUCGAGAGGGAGAGUAUUUGGAAACAAGGUCUGAAAUGUAGGGGGGAGCAAUGCAAUUGAGGGCUUAAUAAGUCAGAGAAUUUUGUGUUUAAUCCUGGAGGCAAGAGGAAGCCAGUGAAGGGACUGGCAGAGAUAUGCAGCAGAUGAAGAGCGACGUGUAAGGAAGAUGAGCCUGGCAGAGGCAUUCAUUAUGGAUUGUAAAGGAGCUAGGCGGCAGUUAGGGAGACCAGAGAGGAUGGAUUUGCAGUAGUCGAGACGAGAAAGGAUGAGAGAGUGGAUUAAAAUCUUAGUUGUGUCUUGUGUAAGGAAAUGUCUGAUUUUAGCAAUGUUUUUAAGGUGGAAGCAGCAGACUUUAGCCAAGGACCGAUUGUGAGGAGUGAAAGAAAGAUCUGAGUCAAGUUUGACCCCAAGACAUCGGGCAUGUGAGGUUGAGGUAAUGAUGGAGUUAACAACAGUUAUAAAGACAUGGGGUGUGGAGAUUUGGAAGAAGGGGGGGAAAUAAGGAGCUCAGUUUUGGAGAGAUUUAGCUUGAGGUAGUGAGAGGACAUCCAAGAUGAGAUAUGAGAGAGACAGCUAGUGACACGGGUUAGCAAGGAAGGAGAUAGUUCUGGUGCAGAGAGGUAGAUUUGGGUAUUGUCGGAAUGCAGAUAGUGAAACCCGUGGGACUUUAUUAAGGAACCUAAUGACGAAGUGUAGAUUGAGAAGAGAAGGGGACCGAGGACAGAACCUUGCAGUACCCCAAAAGAAAGAGGUAACAGGGAAGAGGAUGCCCCAGAGAAGGCUACACUAAAGGUACAGUUAGACAGAUAGGAAGAGAACCAAGAGAAAGCCGUGUCACAGAUGCCAAAGGCUGCAGAGAGAUCAAGGAGGAUAAGUAGAGAGAAGUGGCCUUUGGAUUUUGCUGUAAGUAGGUCAUUUGUAACCUUAACAAUUGCUGUCUCUGUUGAGUGAAGGGGGCGAAAUCCAGAUUGCAGUGGAUCAAGGAGGGAGUUUAAUGUAAGGAAAUGGGAUAGACGUGCAUAUACUAGUUUUUCAAGAAGCUUUGAGGCAAGAGGGAGUAGGGAAAUAGGGCGGUAGUUGGAUGGGGAGGUUAGAUGGAAAUAAGUUUUUUUGAGGAUAGGUGUGACUAAUGCAUGUUUAGGAGAUGUGGGAACUAUACCAGUGCUGAGGGAGAGGUUGAAGAUGUGUGUGAGUAUAGGGGUAAGGGUAGAAGAGUGGGAGUAGUUGUAAGGGGAUGGAGUUGAGGGGACAGGUAGUGAGGUGAGAGGAUAGUAUAAGGGCAGAAAUGUCUUCCUCUGUAACAGGGGCAAAAGAGCUAAAUUUAUGGCUAUGUGAGCUUUUGAGGGGGUGGGAGACCGGUAGUGUGUUGAGAGCUGAUUUAAUUUCUGAUGGAGUCAAUUUUAUUGUUGAAGUAGCUGGCGAAAUCUUGUAGUAGCUGAGAGAAAAGUUGAGGUGGGAGGAGAAGAGUAUUGAAUGUGGAGAACGGACAUUCUGGGUUUGAAGAAAGAGUAGAGAUAAGAGUAGAGAAGUAAUGUUUCUUAUAUAGAUUAAGGGCAGAAUAGUAAGAGUUCAAGAUGAAUUUAUAGUGAAGUCAGCAGAACUCCGAGAUUUCCUCCAGUGUCACUCAGCAGUACGGGAACAAUCUAUGUAGUUACCGUGUCAGAGGAGUAUGCUGAGGAUUAGUGUAUGUUUUCCGAGCUAUGGUAUGUGGGGCCAGAUUAUCAAGGACCCGAAGUAAGGGUGGAGUUAUAGUGGCAGAUUCAUCAAGACAGGAAAAAGAGGGGAGGGGAGAGAAGAGGUUCAAAAAAACUAGCGAGCUGUUUGACUUGAUACUUCUGUGAGGUUUAGUCUGAGUGGUAGACAGAGGGAGAGUUGUAGGGAGGGAGGUGAUGUUACAAGUGAGGAGGUGGUGGUCAGAAAGAGGAAAAGGCGAGUUUGUGAUAGUGUAUCGAUAGCUGAAAAUCAGAUCAAGGGAGUGACCAUCUUUGUGAGUGGGAGAGUCAGACCAUUGUGACAGGCCAAAGAGGAAGUGAGUUGCAGAAGUUGUUUUGCAGAGGAGGCAGUGGGAUUAUCAACAGCGAGGUUGAAGUCACGGAGAAUGAGGAAAGGGGUAUCCGAGGAAAGGAAGUAAUGAAGCCAGGCGACAAAGUGAUCUAGAAAUAGAGCUGCGGAUCGGUUUAUGACUGCAACGCGCAAAGAGAGGGGAGAGAAUAAGCGAAUCGUGUGUUUCGAAUUAAAGAAAAUGUGAGGGAAGAAAAGGGCUGUAUUUGUUGAAAGGUGCAACGAGAAGAAAGUAAAAUACCAACACCACCACCUCCUUGUCUAUUGUCAGACCUAGCAGUUUGGCUGAAGUGGAGACUCCCAUGUGACAGUGCAGCAGAGGAAGCAGUGUCUGAGGAAGAGAGCCAGGUUUCUGUGAGAGCCAGAAGAUUGAGAGAGGAAGAUAAAGAGGUCAUGGAUAGAAGUGAGCUUGUUGCAAACAAAGCGAGAGUUCCAAAGUGCGCAAGUGAAGGGGGUGGUGGCUUUAGAUGCAAAAAGAAUGAGAUUAGGGUUACCAGAGUUUUGUUUUUGAAGUCUACUUAAGGGUACACAUGGGUGUGCAGGGCAAGGAAAAUGUGGGGGACCAGGAUUAGGGGAGAUGUCGUCAGCAGCUAGUAUGAGCAAGAGGGAGAGUGACAUGAGAUGAGAUGCAGAUUUGCAGUAGUGAGACUGUUUUUGUGAUGAGUUGCAAGGGGGAGAGAGAGUUUUUAGGAAUGUGUGAAGUUCAUGAAUACAAAAGUAAGGUGAGGUUAAGAGAGAUAGGCUAAUGAGCAGUGCAGGUGGCGAGGGCUAAGGAGUAAUUUGAGUAAAGUAGUUACUUAAACAGACAAAAGGUGGCAAAACGGAAUAUGAAGAUAUUUAGCAUUCUUACAAAAGUCAGACAGUGUAUAAAUAUAAAACUCAGUAUAAAAACAGAACUUGCCUUAUCCCUUGCCCCAUCUUUGUAUAAUUUGUUGUACCUCACUUAUAAAUGUUCACUUAAGAGAUGUGAACAGAUGAUCUUGCAAUACUGCUACCUAAGCCUGUAUUGCUAACCCCUGCAUUGCUUUCCCCAUAGCAGUGUUAAAGGGACAUGAAACCCAAAAUAUUUCUUUCAUGAUUCAGAUAGAGAAUACAAUUUUAAACAACUUUCCAAUUUACUUAUAUUAUUUAAUUUGCUUCCUUCUUUAGUUAACAUUUGCUGAAAGGUUUAUCUAGGCAAGUUCAUGAGCGACAGAACCUAGGUUCUAGCUGUUGAUUGGUGGCUGCAUAUAUAUAUAUUGAAUGUGAUUGGCUCACCCAUGUGUUCAGUUAGAAACUAGUAGUGCAUUGCUGCUCCUUCAACAAAUGAUACUAAGAGAAUGAAACAGAUUAGAUAAUAGAAGUAAGUUAGAAAGUUGUUUAAAAUUGUAUUCUCUAUCUGAAUCAUGAAAGAAAAUUUUUGGUUUUCAUGUACCUUUAAAUUUAUAGGCCAGAGCAUUCAGUUGAAUGCAAUAAAUUAGGUAAUGACAUGAUCAAAGACAGUCAAAAGCCAAUUGGGAAAAUUUGAUUCAGGGUGAGAUAAGUUAAAAAUAACAGACAAUCUACCAUUCAUUUAGUGUUUAAUGUCCCUUUAAAACAGUAUUUGCUCCAAAGCUAAAAACUCAAAAAAAAAAAACAACAACUUAUGUUUGUGAGUAUGAAAAUGGCUGUCACAUCAUUCAAACCAAGAAGAAUAGAUGACCGCUUUGAGUAUUUAAAUUACAAAAUGUUAACUGUGAACUUGUUUCUGCCUCUAAUUGCUUAAAUGUAUUUGACUUUGACCCUUCAGCUUUUCUUCUCGCGCUAUACCACACUUCUCAGGUGGGUCACAGUAUACAAAAACAAAACAAAAAAAACAGGUGUCAAAAUCAUUGUUACAUCUUUACUUCCAGUGUUUUUUUUCGUUCUUUCCAGAGAAAUAUUCUUUGCUCAGAAAAAUAAAAAGUUUGCUGGAUUCUUUUUUUA